CAGGUGGCCUGUGGCUCACGCCACAACCUGGCGGUCGACUUGCAAGGGGCCGUGUGGGCCUGGGGUUGGAAUGGGUACGGCCAGUGCGGGGUGGAGGCGCUUGCGGCGGGGAAUGCGACGGGCCGGGCGGCCGUCACCAGCCCCGUGCGGGUGCAAGGGGGGGCACUGGGCGGUGUUCCGUGUCGGAGUGUCAGCUGUGGCGGCCGACACAGCCUCGCGCUGGCUGCCGGCGGGCGGCUGUACGGCUGGGGCAGCAACUCCCGCGGGCAACUG